GUCCAUCUUCAGACCGGCCAGUGUGGUAACCAAGUUGGUGCUGCCUUCUGGCAAACCAUCUCCGGCGAACACGGUCUCGAUGCAUCCGGCAUGUACCAUGGCACGUCCGAUCUUCAGCUGGAGAGGAUGAAUGUCUAUUUCAACGAGGUCGGCAACGCCAAAUACGUCCCACGAGCGGUCCUGGUCGACUUGGAACCGGGGACAAUGGAUGCCAUUCGCUCCGGUCCCCACGGCACCCUUUUUCGGCCUGAUAAUUUUGUGUUUGGGCAGUCCGGGGCGGGCAACAACUGGGCGAAGGGUCAUUACACUGAAGGCGCAGAGCUAGUGGAUCAAGUCAUUGAUGUUGUUCGGCGCGAAGCCGAAAGCUGUGACUAUCUGCAAGGAUUCCAGAUCACCCAUUCUCUGGGCGGCGGGACUGGAGCUGGUAUGGGCACGCUUCUUAUCUCCAAGAUACGGGAAGAAUUCCCAGAUAGGAUGAUGGCAACUUUCUCUGUGAUGCCGUCCCCGAAGGUCUCUGAUACAGUGGUGGAGCCGUAUAAUGCGACACUAUCAAUUCACCAGUUGGUUGAGCACGCAGAUGAGACUUUUUGCCUCGACAAUGAGGCGCUCUAUGAUAUCUGCAUGCGCACAUUGAAGCUGUCUUCCCCUUCGUAUGGCGAUCUCAACCAUCUUGUUUCGACGGUCAUGUCCGGCAUCACCGUCAGCUUUCGGUUCCCGGGGCAGCUGAAUUCCGACCUUCGGAAGCUGGCAGUCAAUAUGAUUCCUUUUCCCCGGCUGCAUUUCUUCAUGGUGGGCUUUGCUCCAUUAACCAGCCGAGGGGCUCAGUCAUUUCGCGCAGUGACUGUCCCCGAACUCACACAGCAGAUGUUUGAUGUGAAAAAUAUGAUGACAGCUUGUAACUUCCAGAACGGCCGCUUUCUAACCUGCUCGACGCUUUUUCGCGGCAAGGUCUCCAUGAGAGAAGUCGAAGAUCAAAUGCGCAAUAUCCAAACCAAGAACUCCGGAUAUUUUGUGGAAUGGAUCCCGAAUAAUGUUCAAACCGCACUUUGUUCUGUGCCCCCCAAGGGCCUGAAGAUGUCUGCCACUUUUGUGGGCAAUUCCACGUCCGUCCAGGAGCUCUUCCAGCGUGUGGGGACCCAAUUCACGGCCAUGUUCCGCCGCAAAGCGUUCUUGCACUGGUAUACGGGCGAGGGGAUGGACGAGAUGGAAUUCACCGAGGCGGAAAGUAAUAUGAAUGACUUGAUGUCGGAAUAUCAACAAUACCAGGAUGCCAGUAUCUCCGACGGAGAGGAGCAACAGUACGUCGAGGAGGAGGGUUUUGAGCCCGAGGAAUAA